UGCACACCAAUUGAGACCAUAACUUCUACUUUUGCUUGUGAAUGUUUUGUCACCAAAACAGAGAGAGAAAAGAAAAUAAUUUAUUCAUGAACGCAUUACGCAAGAUUCCUGAGCUCACGCUGAUGAGAGAGCAGAGAAAAAACAUGAGUGGCUGGAUAAAAUCCAAAUUGUUUUGAGGGAGCUGUGAUUCGGGAGGUGUGAUUUCCCACAACAAUUUCACCCAAUUAUCUGCACAAAUAAUUUUGUAGGUUUGGAGAUUGUCGCAACCAAUUGAAAAAUUAAGGACUGGGAUCAACAGUUUUCCACUGCUACAGGAUACAGAGAUAAAACAGGACAACUGAGUUCACACAUCAAACUUUGUGCUUGCGUGCGUGCGUUGCUUUUUAAAUACAUUUUAUACCAUCCUAAAUUAUUUGAUCAAGCUUCAGCAAAUGAAUCUUUGGAAUCAAAGAUCGGAAAGAAUACGAUAUGAUUUCACAUUAGACCUUUAGUAAACUAACUGUUUGCAAGACAAGCAAUGAAUCGAGACUAAAAUGAUGGAAUAUGGACCACCCCUGCUGCCACGCUGCCCCGGAACCUCGGAUUCCGCGUUCUUGUUCUGAUCGGACGGAUUUCAGGGGAGCACACCGGUUGUUAUGGCGUGUGUGGCGUGAGCAACGGACGACCAGCUAUGGGCAAGAAAAAGAGCGGCAGCGGCGGUGGUCUGGGGCGGGCCAUCAUCCGCGAAAAGAACCAGUUAGCCAGGAACCCGAGGAAGGCGAACGACUGGCUUCACACAAGUGAACUGAAUGAUGGGUAUAACUGGGGACGGCUCAACUUGCAGUCUGUGACAGAACAAAGCACUCUAGAUGAAUUCCUGGCCACUGCAGAACUGGCUGGCACAGAGUUUGUGGCAGAGAAGCUUAACGUCAAGAUUAUUUCUGCGGAAGACAGAACUGGUUUGCUAACAGCUGAAGAAAACAAGAAGAUCAAGAAACUCCAAGAAGAGAACAAGCAGUUUCUGUGCAUACCCAGGAGACCUCAUUGGGAUGAGAAUACAGCUGCAGAAGAACUGCAAAAAGCAGAAAGGGAAAGCUUCUUAGAAUGGAGGAGACAAUUAGCUCAGCUGGAAGAGGAAAGAAACCUGAUUCUUACACCAUUUGAAAAGAAUCUGGACUUCUGGCGUCAGCUGUGGAGAGUUAUUGAAAGAAGUGACAUCAUUGUUCAGAUUGUUGAUGCUAGAAACCCACUGCUUUUCCGGUGUGAAGAUUUGGAACGAUAUGUGAAGGAGAUCCAGAAGGAUAAAGUCAAUAUGAUACUCCUGAAUAAAGCUGAUUUGCUGACUCGUGCACAAAGGAGAAUUUGGGCCAAAUAUUUUGCUGCGGAAGGUAUCCGAGUGGUUUUCUGGUCGGCCACAGCAGAAGCAAAAAGGCUAGAUGCUGAAGCCAAGGGAGAGGAACAAAGUGGAGAAAGAAGUGAAGAGAGUGAAAGUGAUAGUGAUACAUUUCAGGAGGACACGAUGCCUAUAGAUGAAAGUGACAGUAGUCAGUAUGAAGAUUGUGAAGAUGAUGAACUUUGGGAAACAUGUUCGGAAGAUGAGAAGGAAAAUUUCAACCAAUCUGAUGCUGAUGGUCUGGCGGACACUAAAAUAGAUCACAUCUCUUGUGUGGACUGCAGCAGUGAUAAUGGCAGGACUGGAUGUGCUUCAAGCUGUAAUUCAACACAGUUUACAAAAAACUGUGUCAAGAACUCAAGUCGUUUGAUGCAGCGAAAUGAACUACUGGAGAUUUUUAAAACUUUACACAAAGGAAAACGCGUGAAAGAUGUUGAAAUCACGGUUGGCUUAGUGGGCUAUCCAAAUGUUGGAAAAAGUUCCACAAUAAAUACUAUCUUUCAAAAUAAGAAAGUCUCUGUAUCUGCAACUCCAGGUCACACAAAACAUUUUCAGACACUGUAUGUAGAAGCUGAUUUAUGCUUAUGUGAUUGUCCUGGCCUAGUGAUGCCAUCCUUCGUGUCCACUAAAGCAGAGAUGGUCUGCAGUGGGAUUUUACCCAUAGAUCAGAUGAGAGAUCAUGUCCCACCUGUAUCUCUAGUCUGCCAGCAUAUACCCAGGCAUGUUUUAGAAGCCACAUAUGGAAUUAAUAUUAUUAGACCCCGAGAGGAUGAAGAUCCAAAUAGGCAACCUACUCAUGAAGAGCUAUUAACAGCCUAUGGAUACAUGAGGGGUUUUAUGACUGCACAUGGACAACCAGACCAACCAAGGGCAGCUAGAUACAUUUUGAAAGAUUAUGUAACUGGCAAGUUGUUGUACUGUCAUCCUCCACCUGGUAUUGAUCCUGCCCAUUUCCAAAAUCAUCAUGCUGCCUUUGAAGAACACAUUGUUACGUGUGACAAGAACAGCACAAAACUCAAAGGGAAACAAAAUAAAGUAAAAAGAAUUGAAAAUGAUGUGGACAAAAUCUUCUUUCAUCAGGAGAAUGUUCGAGCUUUGACAAAGGGAGCUCAAGUAGCAAUGGGAUUCAAGCUUGGCACUGAAGCAACACCAGUGAAUGGAGUGGCAGGAAAACCUUGGAAAAAACAUGGCAACAGGAACAAGAAGGAAAAAAUAAGGAGAGUUUGCAAGCAUCUGGACGACUGAACGUGACAUCAUCAGUUGUUGGGUAUUUGCCCUAGUUAUUUGAACAUAAUGAUGUUCAAUAAACAAUAUGAUCAUCUAUAAAUCAGACAGAUUUGCCAUCAAGUACAUGUUGAAUAAUAAGACACCAAAUUUAUUCUGUUCAGCGUAAAUCAAUUAAUUAGCCACAAGUCAUUUAAAAUUUAUAUUUCAUCUUGUAUGUAGAAUUUAUUGUAAACAAUCUCUUCUAAAGAUCUGAAUUUGAUAAUAAAAGAAUAAAAGAUAAACAGUUAUGUACCAA